GCUCAAUGAACAAAGUCAAUCACAGUCUCGAGCUCCUGUAGCGCUGCACGUUUGGACAGAAAAUAUGGGAAAAUAAGGUGUAACAUGUCUGAUAAACACUGCCCCAGUCUGUUCCAACCUGCCACUCGGGGUGGAUUAUUUACCACAAACCUACUCCAUUAGCCACAGUCAUCUGUGACACCAUGGAGACUGCCGCAGGACGUCAGGUGGUUGGUGCAACAGGGGGGCAACAAUCAGACUCUUUUUCCAGUGAUGCUCCACAAUCUCAGACACCGCCUAAAGUGAAAAUACGCAAGACCGCUUUCAAGUUUUUUGGUGGUCGGAAGAGUUUUUGUGUCCUACCAAGUUUUUUUGGUGGCCGUGGCAGAAGUGAAGGAAAGGGCUCGUCUAAAACAAGUGUAACAAAGAGCCAAACAUAUGAUGGGGUGAGCAGAGCAUGCUGGGAAGAUUUGGGCAGAGGCAGUGCUGAAGUAGCCACAGGGGACUUUGAGUUCUGCAGCUCCAGUGACCCCCUGAAAAAGCAGGAGGAUCACAGGAAGUCCCAAUCACUACCACGGCAGCGGAGAAGUCUUCGGGGUCUCUUCAGCAGCAUACGGAGACACAGAAAGAGCAAAAAUGUUGAACUAGAAAAACAUGAAUCUCUUGAAAUGUCCUCAAGCCUCUUUGUCAAAACCGUGCCUGGUGCCCUGUCAAGCAUCAGCGACAGUAGCGAUAGCCAUGGCGACAGUCAGGGCGAGGAGUUGGUGCCAGAUGUGCCUAAUCAAACUGCAGGCAGUGAGUGUGAACUGCCAUUGGCCUCCACUGCCGCUGAAUGUACAAAAGUUAUAACCCUAGUGCCUGAGAAAUUGAGAAGCAGGGGAGAGAUGGAUAAAAGUAAGAGAGCAGAAGAAGAUGAGAAUGGGCAACAGAAGCAAAAUGAGAGGCGGGAAGGAACGACUUCAUAUCAUCAACCUUUGUCUGCAGAGUCAGAACUGGACCGUUUGGCUGAGCAGAAUAUGAAUAUACCAGAUGGGGAGCUGCCUGCUGUAUCCUGCUCCUCUGACAGUGUGAACUUAAUGUUUGGUGAUGUUUCAUCACUGAAGAGCUUUGAUUCCCUGACAGGUUGUGGAGACAUCAUUGCAGACCAGGAUGAUGUCAGUGUUGCAGAAAGCUCAGUGUCUGGUGAGAGAGGCAGCCGAAAUGCUGGAAAGAGGAGCUCGUGUUUUGUGACGUAUCAAGGUGGUGGGGAGGAGAUGGCAACACCUGACAAGAUAGAAGGAGAUUACUUGCAGAGUUUGUGGGAAUCGGAAACUAAUAAUGAAGUCUGCUACGUCCCCUCAGACAGGGGCUCGGACAGCCCUUCGCUCACUUCUGAUCAGCAAAUCAGCUCCAUUCGUGCAAACUCCAGCAGCAGCCCAUUGGAAAUCACAGAAACUGGCCUCACACCUGCUGAUCUUUUGAGCCCUCAGAGUGAUCGGCAAGAGUCUGUACCCAACAGCGAUGAGGGAUACUAUGACUCCACCACACCAGGAAUGGAGGAGGAGAAUAGAGAUCGUCCACAUCAGGAAAGGCUUCCACGGGACAGCUACAGUGGUGAUGCCCUUUAUGAACUUUUUGAGCCUGAUGAUCACCUGCUCAGCCCUACUCUUUCUCCUGCAACCCUGCAGGGUGAUAAGUGUCCAACCAACCCUCUGUACACCCUAGGGACAGGUGCAAUGGAAACUGAGGAGGAGCGUCUGAGCAAGAUCCAGCAUGCUCUUUUGUGCUGUGAGCUCCAGAAUAUCAGAAGCCCAUCUAAAGAUCAGCUUUUGUUCAAAGAUGAUUGCUUUUAUGAUGAUUCAAAACUUACCACAAGCAAUGGUAAGAAGGCUUUAGAGGAAGUUAUUAAUAAGCGCUAUCCCCAAUCACCCCAUGCUGAUUCAGGGCUUAGCCCAAAUGUCCAAGAGCUACCCAGAUUGCAUCAAUCCAAGGAUCAAAGUCCCUUACUGCCCACCAGAGGCUGCAGCCAAUCCCAGGAAGAGCUAAUGGUCUGUUUUUCCCAAGCAUUGGUAGAUUUUACAAAGAACGCCAGGCUUUAUUGUAACUCCACAGAGAGUCUUGAUGACUCUGAGUCAAGUUCUCCUUUUGGCCCGAGUCUGAGUACCCUGCCUGCCAUUGUCACAUUUGAUGUGGUCGAUAUGGAUAAUGAGGGUGAAUGUGAGCAGCAGACUGAGCUUGUUGAGGAAGAGUUGGCUUCCCCUUACGAGCCCUUUGAAGAUGAUGGCUGUUACCUGCAGCAAGAUGCCUUUGCUGAGUGUGACCAGCGUACCUUUGAUGCCUAUGAACAGAGUCUGUUGCUCAGUAAUGCAUGGGGUAUCACCAGCCUUCCACGGCACCUCAGUUUGGGUCGGCCAUGUCCGCCAGUCCCUUCCCCGUUAGCACUAAAUCAACGCAGUCGCUCUCUUGAUACGGACAAUCUAGAGUUUCAGAGUAGUGAGCUUUACACUUAUGACUCAAAGCUUAGGAAUGCAGAAUGCAGUGACGUGGCAUUACCGCAUCAACCCUCCAGGAUUACUGUGGAUGGUUGGAGGCGGGGUUGUGGGCGAGACAAGCAGAGCAGCUCCGCCCAGCGAAGCAGCUCAUCAUCUCCACAGGAGCUGAAGUUGCCACAUGGGAGCCAAUCCUUUGUCAGAACUUCAAAUCACCCCUUUCAGAACAACUGUCAUAACCGGAACUUUGCUGGCAUCUCAAGAGUGGAUGGUGAAGGGGAGAUUUUGAUCGGUGGAGGGGAUGCGCUUUACCCCUGCAGUUACCCUCCUACAGGCACGCAGAGGAAGAAUCGACCUGUUGGGGUCACUCAGGGUGUGCCCCACCUUCGCUCUGACCAAUCAACUGAUCUGAGAGAAAUUAUGAUGAAGAACAGGAGGGGGGAGCUUGAUGGGGCUUUACCACUACAUCACCUAAAUCAUACCUAACAAACAUGCAUCUCUCCUGCUCAAAAUAAUAAAAUUAUACAGUUAGAUAAGUUAGUUAGAUGAUGCUGGAUGUUAACUGAGACUGAAUUGUAACACUCAAAUUCUCUCUGUAGUUGCUGUUACUGCCAGAUAAGCUAUGGUAUUCCUUUGUAAAGUACUGUGUAGUUUUUAUGAUCUAUAUUUUAGUUUCUGUGAAUUUAAGAGGAAGUUUGUCUGUAUCUGCUGUCUAUGUACAGAUUCCAUAUUGCUUUGCAUAUGUGUUGACAGUGACCCAGGUAUUUUUGUGGAGUUGGUUUUCAUUAUAUUUGCAAAAAUACAACAAUCCUAUUAAUUAUUUAUUUCUGAACAAGAAUGAAAAAACGUUUAAGAACAUUAGCACAUUCAUUCGAUUUCUGUGGAGACCCCGUUAAAGGGAUAGUUCACCCAAAAUGGUAUUUCUGUCAUUUCUAUGACUUAUUCGAACACAAAAUCAGAUAUUAGGUAGUCUCAGUCACCAUUCACUUUCAAUUAAUCUUUUUUCAUAUAGUGAAAGUGAAUGCUGACUGAUCCUUUCAUUCUGCCUAAUAUCUCCUUUUGUAUUCCAUUGAAUGAGAUUGGUGAGCUAUACAUUUAAAAUGUCUUUGUUUGAAUUGUUGAAUUUUUUUAUUUUAUUUUUUCUUGCAUUUCUUGCAUUUGGAAAUAAGACAAUGUUACAUAUGUUACAAGGUUUUAAUGUUUACAUCUUGAAAACUUUUAUGACUAGUCACACAUUUGUUUCUUAUAUUGUUUGUCGUAUCACACAAGGAACUCCAUAAUCUACAAUCAAGUCACAUAUUCAGUAUUCAGUGGCAUGGGGAAAAAAAAAAAAGCCCAAACUCCCAGUAUACCUGUGUCAACAAUUUACAUAAGACUUGUACCGAUCUGUAUAAAUGGUUAACUAGGAAUUGAACAGUAGAGACAUUUAAUGGGUAGUUUAACUAAUUUACUUAAAGGUUUUUUCAUACCAGACUUCACAUUUUACCUUCAUGGAACACAAAAGGUUAUUUUAGAAAGAAUGUUAGCCUCAGUCACCAUUCACUUUUAUUGUAUGUAUAAAAAAAGAGAUGCAUUGACAAAGAAUUGUAACUGACGCUUACAUUCUGCCUAACAUUUCUUUUUGUGUUUCACAGAAGAAAGUAAUAGGGGUUUAAAUCAACAUGAGGGUAGGUUAAUGAUGACAAUCUUUUCUGGUUUAACUAACCAUUAAAGGUUUAGCAUUUGGUGUUCUUACAAUUUGACUUAAGAGGUCGAUUUGCUGAAAUAUUUUUGUGCUAUUACAUUUUCUUUUUCUGCUAAACAGUAUGUGUUUGGUUGGAUGUUAUGUAAUCCAGUUAUCUGCCAUAUACUGAUGUUUGCUUAUCUGGAUACAUUUCAGUCUGUCAAGUCUGGCCCAAAGUCUUCAGUAAAUAUGAUCUGCGUAGUUUAUAAUCAAAGGGAACUAUCUCUUGAGUCACUUCAGAGAGAAUGUCAGAAAGCCUUUAAUGACGCUAUGUGAUUGUUCUUCAUUGCUGUACUUCAGUCACGAUUAUUCACCUUCAUCAGAAUAUCAGAAUGCCAAAGUCAUUUUUAUGCACUUACCGUUUUUAAGCCAGAUUCAGCUCUUAAGAUUGAAACAAUAUUUGUCCAUACCUGCAGUUGAUUCAGUGCAUUUUUAGAGUUUACAAUUUGUUUUAGUUGUUUUUUCUUAUGUUGUUUUUGGUACAUUUGUGUUAUUGUAAAUUAAUUUCCACACCCCAUUUUUAACUGACAUGAAUGAAA